ACCCCAUCAGCUGUUCAGAAGAUAAAACAGCUUCUUAAAGAUAAACCUGAGCAUGUAGGUGUGAAAGUAGGUGUUCGUACAAGAGGAUGCAAUGGACUUUCUUACACGUUAGAAUAUACAAAAUCGAAAGGAGACUCUGAUGAAGAAGUAGUUCAAGACGGGGUUAGAGUGUUUAUUGAGAAGAAGGCACAGCUGACGCUUCUAGGAACUGAAAUGGACUAUGUAGAAGACAAACUGUCCAGUGAAUUUGUCUUCAAUAAUCCAAACAUCAAAGGAACAUGUGGCUGUGGAGAAAGCUUUAACAUCUGAAAUCUCAGGACUACUACUUUGACUUUGAACACCCCAAAACACACACUAUUACAGCUUUUGGAAGCAAAUGCAUUUUCUUCAGGUUCGUAGGCUGCGUAAAGUGUGGAUACUGUUAAGAAAAAUAAAGUUAAAUAAUUCUGAAAAUGUAAACUGUGUUAAAUUCCACCACUGAUGUAGUUAUGCUGUAAUUUGUGAUGAGUUGGGAUCCAAAAGGUAAGAACAGUAAGUGCUGUAGCAACAUCUCUGUACUUUCACAUGCCAAGGAAAUAAAAUCUCACUGUUCUUUCCCCUUGUCAUUUUCUUUGUCCACUCUACUGCACCCAAAACCCAUUUGAAAGAAUAUAUUGCCUAUAUGUUCUGCUUUGAUUUGGGGGGAAAAAAACAAAAAACC